CGCGAUCUGGCAUACCUCUCUCCUCCCCCCCCCCUCUUGCUGUGUGCUCCCCUCCCGCCCAUUCUCCGAUUGCAUUUUUCCCCCCUCCGCCUUGAAAGGGCCAUCCUUCUCGAGCACACAUGUCUGAUGCGUGUUGGUUUGGCUUUCCGGCUGGCGACCUGCCGCCCAUGCCGGCCCCCAAGGACAGCAUCAAGCGCCGGCGGCAGCUCUGGCUGACUUUGUCCGGCGAGUGCGCCAUCCUCCGGCGCCUGGUCUACAAGAACAACUACCAGCACAGCAAGUUUCCCCACUACCGAUCUUUGCAGAAGGUUGUGCGGAUGUUCCUUCACAUUAAUGAGCGCGCCCAGGAGACGAUUCUCAAUCGCGACCUCCCUGCAAAGGGCCUGUCGAGGGCCAUCGAGCAAUUUGAGUCGUUCUGCGAGGCCAUCGAGAAUUGUGGAAUGAAGGCCUCUUCCGAGAUGCCGAUUGAGCACAACUUCGCCCUGGUUGCUCUGGAGUUUGCCUGUCUCGGGCGCGUGCAUGUUCUCGCCCAGGUCAUCUUGGGCAUGCUGCGGUUGGCUCUGGAACGCCCGCCCGCCCCCCAAAGUAAUGUCCUUUCCGCGUCCGAGCCGGCCGCUCCCCUCAUCAGCGCCCCCACUCCGAUCAAUGUUCGGGCGUGUCCCUUUUCCAGCGCCCCGGCACCCGGGCCCGACCGAACCGGCGUGCGGGCAUGCCCCUUCUCGAGUGGCAAGCCCGGCACUGGGACAUCGCCCCCUGUUCCCCCUGUGGCAUCUGCCAACAAGAUGGCCACGACGCUCCCCACCGCGCGAGUCCCCUCCUCCAAGAAGAUCCCUCGAUCGGCGGUGGCCCCAGCCGGUGGCACGACCAAGGCCACGGCCAAAAUGCCGAAGAAGAGCAAGUCCUCGGAAAUUGACAACAUCUUCGCCGGGCUCUUCUAAUACAGACAUCUCCCCCAACGCCA